UGACCGCCGCCUCUCCUCCUCCUUCGCCCCCGGCCGCCGCCGCCACCACCCGGCGACGAGCCUGGCCGUAGCCCUCCCUCCUCCGCCCCUUCCCUCCUCCCACCUCCGCCGCCGCCGCCCGCGCUCCCGCGCCGUCGGGCCCGGCGCGGCCGCCAGCCCCGGCCCGCCGCGGCGCGGCCUCCCCGCCAUGUGAAGCGCAGGAAGAUGCGGAGGCGCAGCCCGGCCGCCCGCGGCGAGGGAUGAGCCUAGACGGGGAGAAGAUGACCGAGGAAGCCUACCCUGACGAUGACAGCUAUAUUGUGCGAGUCAAAGCUGUGGUUAUGACCCGAGAUGACUCCAGUGGGGGCUGGUUGCCACAAGAAGGAGGUGGUCUCAGUAGAGUUGGCGUCUGCAAGGUCACGUACCCGGAGGGCAAUGGAAGAAGCGGAUUUCUAAUCCAUGGUGAAAGGCAGAAAGACAAACUGGUGGUGCUGGAGUGCUUUGUGAAGAAGGACCUGGUGUAUACAAAGGCAAACCCCACCUUCCACCACUGGAAAGUCGACAACAGAAAGUUUGGGCUCACUUUUCAGAGCCCCGCUGACGCUCGAGCCUUUGACAGAGGAGUGAGGAAAGCCAUCGAGGACCUCAUCGAAGGGUCUACAACUUCUUCGUCAACGCUUCACAACGAGGCCGAGGUUGGUGAUGACGAUGUCUUCACUAAUGCCACAGACAGCUCCUCAAACUCCUCUCAGAAAAGGGAACAGCCUGUGCGAACUUUGGCUUCUCCUGCAUCCUGCGAACAUCGAAGAAUUUGCACUCGUGGACACCUUCACGACCAUUACAGCUCUGACCACUACCAUCUAGAACAAUCAGUCCCACGAUCCUACCGGCACGUCAACUUCCCGGACGAUGACGAGGAGAUCGUGCGCAUCAAUCCUCGGGAGAAGAUUUGGAUGACUGGGUACGAGGACUACCGCCACGCCCCAGCGCGAGGCAAGAGCUUCGACCCCGACGACAUGGACUCCUACGUGCGUUUUGCCAAAAGCGAGGCCUCCAAACACGAGUACACUUACCCUUACGUAGACAAUUCGGACUUUGACCUGGGUGAAGAUAUCAAGGGUGCUGUGAUAAAGACUCAACCUGUCAAAUUCAAGCCCAGGAGGAAGGAAGAUGGGGAGAGGUCGCGGUGCGUGUACUGCAGGGACAUGUUCAACCACGAGGAGAACAAACGGGGCCAGUGCCAGGAUGCUCCGGACCGCGUCAAGACGUGCAUCCAUCGAGUGAGCUGUAUGUGGUGUGCAGACACUAUGCUCUAUCACUGUAUGUCCGACCCAGAAGGAGACUAUACGGAUCCUUGCUCGUGUGACACCAGUGAUGAAAUGUUUUGCCUCCGGUGGAUGGCCCUUAUCGCCUUGUCUUUCAUUGCUCCAUGUAUGUGCUGUUACUUGCCGCUUCGGGCUUGUUACCACUGUGGGGUCAUGUGCAGGUGCUGUGGUGGAAAACACAAAGCUGCUGGAUGACUACAGAUGUGUCGGAAGCCUUCUCUCUCUUCUGUAGUUCAAGGAACACGUUGGUUUUGGAGCAUUGAGGUCACUCAUUCUGAUGCAGCCACUGUGCCCAACAGCAUCCGGAAGCCGCCUGUUCUACAUCCAGUCGUCCGGGGCUCACACUGCAUUGAUUUGCUCAUCAAGUGUUCUAACUAACUAACCUACAGCAUAAGACUUUUGUAUUAUUAAUCUGUAAUCAAAACAGACUCGUCUUGUACAUGUUUAUAUUAUUUUAUUAUUUUAUUUUUUAUUUUAAAUUUUUUUUUAAUGUUGUUUUUCCUUUUUCUUUCAGUUUUAACAUGAGUUUGAGAAAAGGAACUGCUUUAAAUGGUGGUGGAUUGUUAGAACAUCUCCAGGUCGCAUCUGUCUUGCCCCCCCCACCCCCAGCUUGCUCGAUGCCAUCCAGCAUGCUCGCAAGCUUCAACCUUUCCAGCAAGGGGGUGGUGUGGUGGAUGAAAUCUCACUGGGAAGAUAUUUUAACUUGCCCUCAAGAUAUUGUGUGUGUAUAGAAGGUGUGCUAGUAACAAACUUGUACCACAACACAGUAUUUCUGGUUUUCUUUGGGGUCGUUGUUCUGUUUUUGGAAGCCUAAAUAGCCAUCUGAGCUGCAGUUUCUCUUCCAGAGUCCAUCAUCAUUUCCUUCAACAAACAUCUGAACUUCUCUCUGUUCCUCAAGCUCUGCGAGCAGAAAGCAAGGCUCAGUUACCAUAGUCACAUAACCAUUGAGAAUCUGGGAGCUCUCCUUACCUGUAGUCAUUUCAGACCACUACUUGAAAGGGAAACUUAGACAUUAGGGGUUUUCUCUUUUUUUUUUUUUUUUCUCCUUUUUUUUUUCCUUUUCUUUUCCUUAAAUAACAUUGGAAAAAAUAAAACUGUGUGUUCAGAGUUUUGCCCAAAAGAAAGGGAACUUCUCUGUUAGCCAGCCCGUGUGAUGAUCUGUGAAUAAAACACUAAGGUUCCAGAUGGGGAAAGUCGUUGUUAUGCAAAGAAUUAACUAACAAUGCAAUGUCAAAAGCACUAUUAUGGCAACUGUGGGGAAAUGCUGCAUUAAGUGGUGGAAAGUUGUCUUUGUUUCUUUGUUUUCUGUAUCAUACACGAGCAUGAGAACAUAGGCAUCCACGGUAGAGAUCUGAACAGGUAUUGAGAGUCAAAAAAAGCCAGGAUGUUAACCACCACUUCCAUUUCCUGACCUGAGGUCCCGGUCCUCCAGAUGCUUCCACGUGUCUCGAUGUCUCGCGUGUGUGACCGUUCUUGCUGCCAGACUGAGCAUAGGACUGGGCAUAUUCCUGAGCCACCCUGCUUUGGCAGGGAGCUUGGGCUGGGUGAUCUCUGGAGGUCUCUUCCAACCCUUACCACUGUAUGAUUCUAGGUGAGUCUUUGCAGGAGCCGGACUGAAGCAUCUCCCUGGCUUUUCCCUCCCCACUUCACCACCCAGAUUUAUCAAGUGGAUGUGUAAGGUGCAGGAUAAAAUUACUUUAAUUGUGGUGUUUUUUUUUCAUUUGUUUGUUUGUUUUGUUGUUUUGUUUUUUAAUGUCAUGUUGUCUUGUGUACAAGGCUUGUAAUUAGCUUGGAAAAAGAGUAUUUUUCUAAUAUAUUACAAGGAAUAGCCAAAUAAUUUUUAUUAAAAAAAAAAAAAAAAAAGAAAUAAAAAUAAAAAAUAAAUUAGUGCAGUGAGCUCUAACUAGCAUAGUACAAUCUGAAUCCUUUGAGGCAGCUAGGGAUUGGCUUGUCAAAGCUGGCACUGCUGUUCCUGCCAUAAUUUCUUUCUGCAGUAAAUUGCCAGUGGGCCGCAUGUCCUUUCCCUCCCUCUAUUGCACAUUGACAUCAGUCUUAAAAAAAGAGAGGAAUUUCUUUUUCUUUUUUUUUUUUUGUUUGAUUUUUGGUUUGUUUAAUUAUUAUUAUUAUUAUUAUUGUUAUUAAUUUGCCAAAUAAACGUCAAAGGAGCGCUUGCCAUUCUUUUCUUGGUGGAAUGUCCCAACGGUUCCUCUGAGAGUUAAUCACAGCUUGUUGUUUGGUUUGGUUUGUUGGGGGUUUGUUUUUUGUUAGUUAACCAUUAAUUAAUUAUGCAAUGUGCUUAUACACUCUAGAGUUCCUUAGGUUUAAUUCGUAGCAGUUGCUGGGGAUUUCUUCAGUUGUUGGUGGAGGGUGGGGUGGGGUGUGUGUGGAAAUACUAAAUAAGUGAAUGAUAGGGGAGAAAGGGAUGGAGUUGUUGUACUCUGGGUGAUGUGUCUGGGUUUGCUGAAUGGAAGAUGACUCUUUUGUGCCUCGUAGCAAUUGACAAAUCUCUCAAAUGGUGUCUAAAACCAUCAAGCCAGCCUCAAGAGAAAACAAAAAAAAAAUGGAUCAACCUUUUUAUUUUUUCUUUAACCUUUUUUUACAUUUCUGUUCUCAGAGUGGUUUCACAUCAACAAAUAUCUGUAAGGUCUUCUCUCUACAAAGCACAACACUACAAAGAAAAGAAAAACAAAAGAUCUUACAGCUUUUUGUCUGCUCUCAAAGUGCCCCUAUUUAUUUUAAGUAUAAAGUAGACCUACUCCAAGCCUUUUUCUGUAUGGCUGGAAAUAGAAAGGAAAGAAAGAAAGGAAAGAAAGGAAAGGAAAGAAAGGAAAGGAAGGAAAGGAAGGAAGGAAGGAAGGAAGGAAGGAAGGAAGGAAGGAAGGAAGGAAGGAAGGAAGGAAGGAAGGAAGGAAGGAAGGAAGGAAGGAAGGAAGGAAGGAAGGAAAAAAAAAUCCCUCUUUUUUUUUUAAUUUAAUUUUUUUAAUACUUUUUUUUUAAUUGCUAUAUUUUUUCCCCCCCUUUCCUCCCCUAUUCUCUUGAGGGGUUUUAUUUUUGUGUACUCCUCGUAGAUUUUGCUGCGUGUGUUGUUUGGUUCGUGAAGGCAGUGGUGUAAGGGCACAAUGACAGACAUGGGUGGGGUCUGGUGGUUUGGUUUUGGUGGGUUUUUUUUGUUUGUUUUGGUUUUUUUUUUUUUUUUUGUUUCUGGUUUUGUUUUGGGGUGGGUUUUUUUGUUUUGUUGUUUUGUUUUUGUAAAUAAUCUUUCUCCUAUUGAAUUUCCACACCGCUGCUGAACGGGUGUGGAGCGUUCUCCCGGUCAGCUUUGCAAUACUGACAUCAAUCAGUCGAGAGAAAUUAGUCAGAUUUUAUUUUUGUAUCUGUGGUAACAAAACAUUAACCAGAUUAUUAUUAUUAUUAUUAUUAUUUCUGUUGUGGAAAAGGUUUUGGUUUUGUUGUUUGUUUUUUUUUUUUAUUAUUAUUGCUUUUGGUUGGGAGGUUUUAGUUUGGGACUUUUGUUUGUUCGUUUGUUUCGCUCACGUUAACAAAUUAAAGUGCCUGAAGCCUCAUCAUUAUUGUACCUAUAUACUAAAAGUUAAAAAAGGAAAAAAAAAAAAAACCACCCCAAACCCUGUUGUAUUGAUUUUUAUAAAGCCUUUUUACCUCUGUGUAAAAAAAAAAACAUGAAAAAAAAAAACCCACCCACCCCCACACACACACACAAAAAAAAGACAAAAAAAAACCCCACAAAAAAAAUAUAUAUACACAAGUGUAUGAUGUACAUUUUAGUUCUUAACUUCUUUUUUUAUUGUUUCUAAUAUGUAUGAUCAGUGUAGCUGUUGCUUUCCCAAUGUACCAUGUAAAUAUAAAAUACAUGAUAUCAAAACGA